AUGUGCGAAGAGACCUACGGAAGUUUAUGCACAGUGGAGAAACAAGAUGCGUCGAAAUAUAUUCAAUUCAACGAACAAGACAACAGGUUGGACCACCAAACACGCGUCUUACAGAAUAAAUUAGAACAGCACACGAGAAUAUUUGCUUCCAUGUGUCCAGAUGAGAUUCUAGACCAUUACGAUGAUUACCAGACUAGAAUGUAUCACACUACUUUGAUGCUUGGGGAUGUGUCAGGGUUCACGGAUCUCGCUGAGAAGUACACUAAAACGGGCAGAGGUGGCCCAUCCAAGUUGACCGACACUUUAAACAGUUACAUCGGCGCAAUGGUCCAAGAGAUCCUGUCCCAUAAUGGCGACGUGCUGAAAUUUUCUGGGGACGCGUUCAUAGUAAUGUGGAAGCUGAACGAGGGCAUGGUGAUGCGCGAUCUGGCGAUAGAAGCGAUGCAAACCGCUUGCAUCAUUCAAAAACACUUCGGAACUUAUGACACCGAGGUUGGGGUAACCCUCAAAGUAAAGUUAGCGAUAGCCUCUGGAAGAACGUACUUCACGUCUAUCGGAGACCCAGAUUCCAGAUCUCAUUAUAUCAUUACUGGGAAACCUGUGUGGGAUGUGAAAUUCGCUGAGGGCCUCUGUAGGGGUGGUGACAUUCUGGUAGCUCCCAGCAGUUGGCAAUGGGUGAAUCCAAAUGAGUACGUGCACGAAACACUUCCGGAUGGUAUACACACCCUUAUUGUUGGCUGCACAAGCUCGUGGUAUCAGUCUAGGGAAGAUAUCGUAGCAACCAGCUCGGAUGAGGAAACAGACGAACAUAUGCCCAAGCAUGCUUACGAUUCAAUGUACGUUUCGAAGGCAAUCGCGGAUUCAGAGACCGAAGCAGUGAUGAUGAGCCUAGCUGGCGACACCUUCGAAGCAGAACAAAUCAAACAAAUCGAUUACAGCUUACGACCUAAAAUCGUAAAAAUAGCGAAAGCUCGUCUGAAAGACGCUCUGAGGAGCUACAUGCUGAGGCCAGUGAUACGAUCCGUGGAAAUGGGCGAACCCUUGGAGUAUCUGACUGAAAUGAGGCAAGUGGUGAUCCUCUUUAUCAACGUUAUCACCACAUCCGUGGACAAGAAGACGUUGAUUUCCUUGGUCGACACUGCUUACAAACUAGUUUGCAAGAUCGUUGGCGAAAUGCACGGAUGCGUGAACAAGACGUCCCUCUUCGACAAGGAUCUAAUGUUUCUCUGUGUUUUCGGUUUACGAGGCGACAAGCACGAACUAGAGUCUCAGAUUGGGCUGAGAUGCGCGGCGAAACUGCGAAUGGGGCUCCUGAAGUUGGAAAACGUUAAAUCGGUCACUGUCGGGGUGACCACGGGCAUGACGUACUGUGGGGUUGUGGGACAUAUCUUGCGAAGGGAGUACACCGUGAUCGGAAUAUCUGUGAACAAGGCUGCGAGACUUAUGGUCGCGUAUCGCGACAGGGUCGUUUGUGAUCGAGAGAGUUUUCUCCAUUCUCGUCUCGAAGCCAGACACUUCAUCCUGCAGGAACCCAGGUACUUAAAAGGAAUCUCGAACGUUGGACCCAUAUACGAAUUUCAAGAAACACCGAAAUAUAGCGUGUCCGAUUUGGUAUGGAACAAGGACCCGUUGCUUGGUCGAGAAGCCGAAGUGAAGCAAUUCAAGCAAAUGCUGGCAAUAUUAUCGGAUUAUUCCACUCAGGAUAAAUCCACUCGUGGUCCAAGGCCAACAGGUGAGCCAAGGAUAGGAAAGACCAGGUUGUUGGACGAAUUCACGCAGAACGUUCCAGUUGGAGUUCAUUAUAACUACAUUCCACUGAACGUCGAUGACGCCAAGAGUCUCAGAGUCUUAGUGCCUCAGAGUCUCAGAGUCUCAGAGUGUCAGAGACCCAGAGUCUCAAAGUCCCAGAGUCUCAGUGUGUCAGAUUCUCAAAGUCUCAUAGUCUUAAAGUCUCAAAGUCUCAGAGUCUCAGAAUCUCAGAUGCAGGCCCCGUACAACCUGAUUCACCUAAUAUUCUCGAUGCCCCUCGGUUUCUCCGUCGCCUCGACACCCAAAGAACGCGAGGACAAGCUGCUACUUCGCCUUGGCACGGUGCGUCAGUCGCACCUCCUGUGCGCCCUUAAUCAGCCCUUCAAUGUGCACUUCGCCAUCACUCAUCGUUACAACACUUUAACCGAAAUGGAGAAGUGGAAGGUGUUGCGUAAAUUCCUGUUGAAACUGGUGAAGAGCUGCUUCGAAGCGCUGUGGGUGAUCAUGAUCGACGACGCAGAGUGCAGCGACCACGAGUCCCUGCAGCUUUUCGACGUUCUGACCAAGACGGACACGGUAUUCUAUAUCGUCUGCAUUGGUCAAAAGCUUAACACCGACACUCAGGUGUAUUCUAACCUUUUGAUCAGGGGAAAGGUCAUCGAACUCGGUGGAAUAGACAAGUGGUACCAUGCUGGCCUUGCCUGUCAAAUACUCAACGUGAAUGGUGUGCCAGCAGAGCUCGAGAAACUCAUACAAGAAAAGAGCUUUGGCAAUCCAGGCUGGAUCGAGAGCUACUUAGUGAGCCUUCUGCAAGCUGGAGGCUUGGAAAUAAUAGUCAUCAGCAAACAAAAAGCUAACAAACUGGGCUACGUGUUGCCUCCCAUGUCCAUGUUGAAAAGAUUUAUGUCGAACGCGGCAAACCAGAACAGCGUUGGCCAAAAUCGCUCGGACAGGUGGCAGAUGUACAGAACAAGCUUCAAAGACAGCAUGAUCUCGUUGCUCGAGAACAACUCCAAGAACCCACACAAAUCGACCGUGGUCGUCGACGGAGAACAGGAGAUGAUCGCCGUCUGCACCAUCUCGGAGAACUUCACGUACGAGGACGUCGACACUGAAUUCACAAUGGAUGUUAUGAUCUUGAAGCUCUUCGACUCCUUAACGCCUCUCGACCAGCUCCUUCUGAAAUGCGCUUCCGUGAUUGGGGAAACUGUUAACAGACACAUGCUUGAAAGCCUGAUGAACCUCUCUGCCAAAAGGGAAAUUGGACUUGCUAUUACGAAGCUGUUCGAAAUACGAGUGUUUGGGUGCGCAACUGGGGACUUUUCCAGAAAUAGAGGACCAAUAAUAUUCAUCAGGAACAUGAGGAACCCCGCGUCGGAGAUGGAAGUGUUCUGCAGCUGCAUCGGCAUCACUAUUCCAGAUGAAUUGGACGAUCUGCCAAAGUACGCCUCCUGCGGUCUGAUGAGGUUCAAAAUGUCCAUGUUCCGCGACACGACGUAUCAAUUGCUCACGGAAAACCAGAAAAUGGAGUUGCACAACCAAGCAUUGAAGUACCUGCAGCAACACACGAGACGUUGCGUGUCCUGUGGACAGGGUGAGUUCGCGAAACUGCUGGGGAAAGUGUCGAAGAAAGAGAACAGAAGGAAGAGAACGACCAACAUAGAUCAGAUGUUUGACAGCACGACUUUCAGUGACAUUGAUGUUAUCGAGGAAGUCAAAGAAGAAGGCAAAGCGUUCCUUUCGUGCUUCAAUGGGUUUCUAACUGUCGAAAGGCAGCCAACUGUCACCUUCUCGGACGUGGAUUUCAGCGACUGUCAGUGUAAUUUGAUCCUGAUGACUGUCUACACUCAGAUUCUUGGCCAUUGCCAUGGUAUCGGGAAGACCGAAAUGGCGAUGAUCGCCAUUUUGGAGUUCGCAGAAAUUUGCGUGAUGGCGUGCAACAUACCUCAAGCUCGACAGCUCUUGAUGGAGGGCGAGAAGAUCCUCGCGGAGCUGUUCAAGUCGGAGGACGACGAACUGGUCCUCUUGCCUUAUCUCACCGCCAAAAUUCAAACCCUUCAAGGUCAAUGUUUCCUCGAAAGCGGUUCCAUUCUCGAGGCAGAGGAAAGCUUCGAAAUGGCGUUGACCAAUCUGGGAUACAAGUUCCCAAAAAUGGAGAUGAUGAUCGAUUUGAAAUCGUUCAUACAGCUGGUAGCGUUGAGAUUGAAAUUCAGUUGCCCCAGGAAGUGGCAGCUCGAUACCGAGCACGAUGAAGACAGUGUGGAGUACAUUGAACAGUUGGCUGACUGUCUGGCUCGAAUGUUCAAUCUCUUCAGGAUAAAUGGGAUGAAGAAGCACGCACGAUUGGCAGCGCUCUGGGGUUUGAACACGGUUAUAAAUUCCUCUAGAAACUUAUUCCUCCUUUGCACUUCCUAUACCAACAUGUUGAUCACUGCUCACAUGUACCGAGACAGGGCCAUAAUUCCCUACUUGGAGGAGAGUGGUAUCAGGAUCUGCAGCGAGAGCAAGGAGUCCCUCGAGUACUCGGAGCUGAGCGUGAUCGCUGAAUUGUACGCUGGAAUAUUUUUUUCUCGCUGGGUGAGAGGACAAAUCGCGAAGGCCACGAAAAUCGGGUUCGUCUGCUGCAGAAUAGCUAACACCAUCGGGUCCACGUUCUUGCAGCUGCUGUUACUGCCUCGAUUGGCUCAUCUUCUUAUGCUGUCGUGUCGUCACCCGGAAGUCGUCGCGCAAUUGAGAGAAUUGGAAUUUGUGUCCAAGAACGAUUUGGACAAAUCUGGACGCACCUGGUACUAUGCGUUGUGCAUAGACGUCCACUUAGACACAGGUAUAACGAUCCUCUCCUUUCAAUCGUGCGAGGAGUACUUUCUUCGAGAAGGUGAAACGAUGAUCAGCCUGCGUGAUCCGGAAGCGGAGAGGCGAUACUUCACCUCUAUGUGGUUGUGGUGCAUCAGAACUGAGCAAUGGGAGGCUUCGCGAGUAUGGGGCAGUAGAAACGUGAGCGAUGGAGUCAUCAUGGACGAGCACAUGGUAGCAGCAGCGACUACUUCCUUGAAGAAACUCGAGGGACUGCUAAUUCUUUAUGUGCACAAACUGAAUAGCAGAAACGUCGAUGCAGCCAUAACUAUGAGGGAGAUACAAAGCAUGUUCAAGAAGAUAAAAGCAAUGAUUAAAAUUAGUAAACUUAUAGUUCCUAGAUACAUGAUGUUGAAAGCUUAUUAUUGCAUGAUCAAGUUUCGAAGAGGCGCAGCAAUGAAGCUGUUGAAACAAUUGAAGACAUUCUGCUUGAAAGAAGAGAACAGAAUGAUGUACACAUGGGCAGUUCAUUAUGAAAAGGUUUGGUCAGGCCGUUUAUCUUCUGUAGAAAAAGAUAUGUGGAAGACAAUCUCAACCAACGAUAUGCAUCCAGAAUGGACUGAAAUCAAUGCAAAUCAAUCCACCAUGGUGGUCUUUACUUUCCCGCUACCAAAAUAUCCUCAGUGAUGUCU